AUGCGUCCUGUCCAAAAAUCCGUGUGUGCACUGAUGGUGCUGAUAGCAUCCCUGGCUUUCCUGUAUCUUCACGUGUGGUCGCCAAAGCAUUACAGUACGGUGGACAUGCGACAUCGGCCUGAUCAGCUGCCCCGGCUUUUGUUGCCCGAUCACCUGCUGGUGCCCGACAAGAAAUAUAUGCACAUUGCUUUCCGGAUCAAAGAGGAGAUUCUGCAGCUUCUUCCUAAAAAUUCCUGUAAAUGUGAAGUACAAGCAAGUUUGAACCUGCCCUUUCAGAAAGCGCUCUUUGGUCAGGAGUACUCUGCGGAAUUUACCAAUAGCUUUGAGCCUUCUGAGCUGGUGGACAUCAACAGCAAACGGGAACAGGAAUACCAUGGUUAUCAACAAAGGUCUCGGUCUCCACUUGAUCAGCUGAUCAUUGUCCAAGCCAACUCACCACUAGAAUAUCCAGUUCAAGGUGUAAAAGUUCGCCCCCUCCAGACCACUCUUAUUCCAGGCUUGAGCUUGCAGGCAGCUGAAAGAACAGUAUAUCGGGUCAACCUGACAGCAAAAAUGGGUACUUUUGAUGUGGCUGCGGAGGUAGAAGGCGUCAAAGUGGAAGGGGAGGGACAAAUGCACCUCUCCCUGUCCGGAUCCCAGCUGGACAAUCUAAACCGGCAAAUGCAGUUUGUCACCUACACUAACACCCUCUUCCAUCCUAAUACAGCAGAUAUAGUGCAGUUUUCUACUGAUGAACAUCGUGCAUCUUUCAGCAUUCGCAUCCAACAUCCACCUACUCCCAAGCUCUACUAUCCAGGCUCAUCCAGUGGUGGAGCUAGUGAAGGAACCUACAACAUCAGUGCCCUGGUCACCAUAGCUACCAAAACCUUCAUACGCUAUGACAAACUGCGAGUGUUGAUUGACAGCAUCCGCAAGUUCUACCCCACUGUGAACAUCAUCAUUGCAGAUGAUAGCCCGGACAUCGAACAUGUGCAGGGACCCCACAUUGAGCAGUACUUCAUGCCCUUUGGCAAGGGCUGGUUUGCUGGUAGAAAUCUUGCCAUCUCCCAGGUGACCACCAAAUAUGUUCUGUGGGUGGAUGACGACUUCAUUUUCACACCCCGCACCAAAGUGGAAAAGCUGGUAGAUGUCCUUGAGAAAACUUCCCUGGAUUUGGUGGGUGGAGCAGUACGGGAGAUUACAGGCUACCUCACCACCUACCGAAAACAGAUCAGCGUGCAGCCUGGUGGUGAGGCUGGAGAUUGCCUGCGAAUCCGUCAGGGCUAUCACCACAUCAUUGAAGGUUUCCCUGAUUGUGUAGUCACUGAUGGCGUGAUCAACUUCUUCUUGGCACAUACAGAGAAGGUGCUGCAAGUUGGCUUUGACCCUCGCUUCAACCGGGUUGCCCACCUUGAGUUCUUCAUUGAUGGCCUGGGUAUUCUGCAUGUUGGUUCCUGCUCCAAUGUUGUGGUAGACCAUGCCUCUAAGAUCAAGCUACCGUGGCUAAAAUCGGUAAAGGAGAAGCAAUAUGCCAAGUUCCGCUAUCCCAACCUAACAGAUGGCUUGAUGACCUCCAGACAAAAAAUGCUCUACUUCAAGAACUAUUUCAAAUGCAUGACAGGCAAUUAGUCUUUAGUGAGAGGGUGCUGAGCCCCAACCUUGACAACUGGCUCAGCCCUCAAGUGACUUGGGUCUCAGACAGCCUGCUCUGGCAGCUAGCCACAGCUCUUGGCAAACAAGCUUGCCUGUCUACUAGCCAAAUGCCCAGAACUCAGGGAGGCUUCAACACUCUCAGGUCUGAAGAGCAACUUGAGAAAUGAGCUCCAUGCUGCUUAAAAAACAAAA